AUGGAUCGCCAAUCAAGAUGUUUUGGUCAAUAUGGUCGGCCAUAUUUGGUCAGACCCGUCAAUUUGCCACAACGAAAUCCUUAUGAAGGGGCGCCAAUUGUUUUGCAAGGCAAUGCUGCAUCUUAUUCUCAACCAAUUCACCAAUCAAGAAGACGGAAUUCAUUUGAUAGUGGAAUACAAUCAUAUUAUUCGAGACCAGCUAGUGUUAUGUCACGAACAACUUCAGUUUCAGAAACAAUUCAACAAGAACAAAUUCAAAUCGGUAAAAUCAUACAUUUUUCUGUGUUUCUGAACUCUAAAGGGUUUUUUUUUCAGAUCUCGAUAUGUCUGUUUGGGACUUUUAUGACAAGGUUCGACAAAAGACAUUGUCUUGUGAAAAAAUGAGAUUAAAUGGAUAUCCAAUGAUGGGUGCUGAAAAUGUUGUUGUUAUUCACCCAACAAAAUAUGAGAAAGACAAACACAUUUGGGCUUUGACUGAUGAUAGAGAAUGCUUGAGGUGUCACAAAAUGUUUUCAUUUCAUGAUAUGCAAGGAUGUGAUUCGCAUGUUCAUGUUACAAAUCAAAUGCCGAUUUCGGUGAAGUCCGAGUUUGUCGAAACACCACCAGCGCUUUCAAAACAUGAUCCACGAUCUAAUAAGGUAGUGUCACAAUUCAUAUUAUUAUCAUUCUUGCAAAACAUUAUGAAGAACUGAUUACAAAAUACAUUACAGUUCAAAAACAAUGUGUUAAAAAAAAGUUGAUUGUGAGUGCAAGCGUGUUGUCAUUAUCAUAAAAGUGGCGUCUAGUUGUCUACUUUUUGAGAAAACAACUUCGAUAUUUCCAGGUGUAUGCAGUUGAUUGCGAAAUGGUUUACACUAUGAAUGGAUUGGAAUUGGCUCGUUUUACAAUGACUAAUUUCAAUGACGAAGUCGAACUAGAUUUAUAUGUCAAACCGGCUGGUGCUAUUCUCGAUCUAAACACACAACACAGUGGAAUAACUAUGCUAGAUUUGGAAAAGACUGUGGAGACGCUUGAAACAGUAAGUGUUUGGAGAAGGAGGAGAGCGUAAAUACAAGAAUUCUAAAUCCAGAAGCCCGUUGAUUUACUUUUUUCUCACUUAUGAAUUCAACCCCUUUUCAGGAAACUGAUUUGAAUAUUACAAUUUACAGUGUCGUCAUCAAUUGUUCCAAUUCAUAAAUUCGGAAACAAUCUUGGUUGGACAUUCACUUGAAUCUGACCUCAAAGCUUUGCGAUUAGUACAUCCAAAUGUUGUGGACACUGCAAUUAUUUUCGCAGAAAACGGUAGAAAGCAACGCCUUUGUCAUCUGUCAGAACAUUUUCUUCGAAGAACAAUUCAACUACCUGGUGACGGUCAUAAUUCAAAAGAAGAUUCUCAAACUACAUACAAUCUCUUAAAGUACUUUAUCAGUAAGCAAUUAUUCUCAAGCUCAUAA